AUGGAUGAGUUAUUUUUAGAGGUUGUUUGGGUGAUGUUUGUAUUAGCGAUUUUGAAGACAUACCCUCGCCACCCCCAGUCUAGUCUCCGGCAGCAAUUAAAGCCUUCUCGUGCCGAAAAGGACAGGCUUCGUCGUGAACGCAAAGAGGCUGAGAAAACUGCUAAAUUGGCCGAUCUGGCCCGUCUGAGGCAGUUGAAAAUGCAAGAAUACGCCGAUAAACUGGCUCGAAUUAGACGUUCCUGUGAGGUAGAUUCUUCCUCGGUCCGACAGUCGACGUCCUCGAAACAAGUAAACCUAAAGGAUAUUUCUAUCCGGAAGCCUGACGUUGAGGUGGGCCCUGAGGGUAAAGCAACCAAAAUGGCACACCAAGAAGUCAUCUUCUCUCUACUUGAGGAAGAGGAUUGGGAUCCGGUGAAGCAGGACAAAUUGAUGUCUCUGCUCUUUGAGAACAAGGACGACGAGUUGACUGGGACUCAGGACAAUGAGGAGGAGCUAAAAGACAAAGGGAGCCAGGAUGAUUCAGACGAGGACAAGCCGGUGUUCUCAGAAGAUAGUGAUCUGGACAAUUGGAGGCCGUCUGGCUUUGUAAGUAUUAGUGCUACAUUGUUGCCAUUUGGCUUCACUCUUGAGGCGACUUUGUUUACCCUUUUGACUCCCUUUUCACCCAUUCUUUCCAAACACCUUUCCUCUAUCCUCCCUCAGAUUUGCUCUUCACCCCAAAAAUAUAUACACACCUCCUUACGCCUUAACCUUGGUAUAAUUUUCCUCAGAAGGGUUUCCUUAUUUCAAGUCCCCUUUGAAUUCUUGUGCAGCAAUGAGGCUAAACUUUUCAACCUGUGUGCAGUUUAG